CUCUUUCUUUCUGUGACAGAGAUUCUAUUGAGACUCCAUUAAUGGCGGAUUUGAGCUUCAUAGUGGGAUUAGUGGGGAACGUGAUAUCGAUUCUGGUGUUCGCGUCGCCGAUUGGGACGUUUAGGAGGGUGGUGAAGAAGAAAUCAACAGAGAACUUCAAAUGGCAGCCAUACGUCACAACGCUGAUGAGCACAUCCAUGUGGACUUUCUACGGCCUCUUGAAGACCAAUGGUCUCCUUGUGGUCACGGUCAACGGGACCGGCACUCUUCUUCAAGCCAUUUAUGUUCUUCUCUAUCUCAUCUACACUUCCAAGGACACCAGGAUUUAUAUGGCAAAAAUGGUGGGAUUAUUGAAUAUUGGAGCAAUUGGAGUGGUCAUUUUGGUGACACUUGUAGCACUUCAUGGAAGCUUGAGGCUUUUGGUAAUGGGCUCUUUGUGUUCAGCCCUAACUAUAGGAAUGUAUGCAUCACCAUUAUAUGCAAUGAGAAUGGUGAUGAAGACAAGGAGUGUAGAAUAUAUGCCUUUCUCCCUUUCCUUCUUCCUCUUCCUAAAUGCAGGGAUUUGGAGCAUCUACUCUGUGCUUGUUAAAGACAUAUUUAUAUUGAUUCCAAAUGCCAUUGGAUUUGUUCUGGGUUCAGCUCAAUUAGUAAUCUAUUUUAUUUACAAGAAGAAAUCUCCUAAUUCAGCAAAGGAAGUAGACUUAGAAAAAGCAGCAGCAGAAGAAGAAGACUCAACUGAAUCUGUGGAUAAUAUGGAAAUGCAUAAUAGAAGGAAAGAUGAUGCCAAUAUGGUUGGUAAGCAUUUGAAUAAAGGAAGAAGCCUUCCUAAACCUGCCUUGAACAAACAAAAUAGCUUCUCAGGGAUUCUUAAGACUCUAUCUCUAUCUCCUCAUGAGUUAAAAUCAUACUGGCAAACAGAUGGAUAUACUGCACUUUGAAAUGUUAUGAUGUUAUGGUGGUCUUAUGUUUUGAGAUAGUUUGUUUAGAAAUGGUAAGAUGGAUCUAGGAGAGGAGCUUUGAAAAGAUGAGUGAGGGGUCAUCUUUUGAGGAAGAAAAUUGUAUUACUAUAUUUUGAGAUGAUCAUAAUUAGAAAAUAAACGAUUAAAUGUAUAUGAUAUUUAAGUAAUGAUAGAAAAUGGU